CGCGUCGUCUUGAUAGCUUCAUCAGAUCAUUUGUCAUUUACACACACUACACUAGGUGGAACACUGAAUAAAUGUGAUUCCGAUUCUGGAGAUUAAACCCUCAAUGUCAAUGGCUACUCAUCUCCGAUUCCUUUCUUCUAUGUUUAGUCUCUUUCUCAUUGUUCCCUUGGUCCUGAACAGCGGCGUCCUCUGCAAGACGCUUAAGCGAGACGUGAAGGCAUUAAAUGAAAUAAAGGCGUCACUUGGAUGGAGAGUAGUGUACGCGUGGGUUGGUGAUGAUCCUUGUGGAGAUGGUGAUUUGCCUCCUUGGUCAGGUGUCACGUGUUCCGCUGUGAGUGGGAGUGAUUAUAGAGUUGUUACUGAAUUGGAAGUAUAUGCAGUUUCGAUUGUUGGUCCCUUUCCACUUGCAGUUACCAAUCUGGUGGAUCUUACGAGGCUGGACCUACAUAAUAACAAAUUGACGGGACCAAUUCCUUCGCAAAUUGGACGACUGAAGCAUCUUAAGAUACUUAAUUUGAGGUGGAACAAAUUCCAAGACUCCAUUCCUCCUGAAAUUGGUGAACUAAAGCAGCUAACACAUCUCUACCUGAGUUUUAAUAACUUUAAGGGUGAAAUUCCCAAGGAACUUGCAAAUCUUCCCGAGCUUCGUUAUCUUCAACUUCAUGAAAAUCGUUUGACUGGGAGAAUUCCACCUGAAUUGGGAAUGUUAGCAAAUCUGCGGCACCUGGAUGUCGGCAACAAUCACUUGGUUGGGACCAUAAGGGAACUCAUUCGUAUUGAAGGAUGCUUUCCAUCUCUUCGUAAUCUGUACCUCAACAACAACUACCUCACUGGAGGUGUUCCAUCACAGCUUGCUAAUUUAACGAACUUGGAAAUCUUAUAUAUAUCUUAUAACAAAAUGUCUGGGGUUAUACCAUUUGGGCUGGCUCAUAUACCUCGAUUGACCUACUUGUACUUGGAUCACAACCAAUUUUCUGGGAGAAUUCCUGAUACCUUCUACAAGCACCCAUUUUUAAAAGAAAUGUACAUUGAAGGAAAUUCGUUCAGGCCAGGCGUGAAACCCAUUGGUGACCACAAAGUCCUGGAACUUGCAGAUUCGGAGUUCCUGUUUUAGGCUAUGAAUCAACUCAAGUUUUGGCUAGAAUUGAUUUCUGUUAAUCAUCAAUAUUCUCGCUUAUAUGAACAUCCCAAUUCUACUUGGAAAAAAAGAAAAAAUAAUGUCACACGAUUCAUGUAGCUCUCAACGGAAGCAUCAUCGAGGUUGUAAGCUUCUAGGUUUUCCCAAACUGUACAUAGAGAUAAACAUCAUAUUCAGUUAUACCUUUAGUUAUUUGCCUAUAUUAUUAUGAUAAUCAAUUAUUGAUGUUAAACCAUCAUUUAUCACCCUUGUCAAUUUGGCUUUCUUCACCACAAUGUCUUUCAAAUAGAGAACCACCAACAAAUUGAUAUGAGUAGUCCAAGUUUAGAGAAAAUGAAGAAAUGUCUGGAGAUUAUUGUCUAGUAGACUUGGGAGUUGGGUUUUCUAACUCCGAAUAGG